CCGAAUCCACACAAAACCCGACUAGCCAAGCUAACUUGUUACGUGCCUGUUUUUUCUUUCUUUUCCGGAUUACAAAUUUGUACACAUAAAUUUAUGUUUUGUAUUAAAAGUAUUGAUGAAUUUAGUUGAACUUUACAUGUGAAAAAAGAAGAAGAUCAAGAGGCAAAUAUGGUGGGCAUUUUUUCAAGAUUUUCUGUGAGCAGAGCUGGCCAUCGUCGAACUCAAAGUGCACUUGAUGAAAGGGAAGUGUUUCCCCCAAAUUCAGAGGCUACUAUAGACAGGGCUUUCUCUGGGACGCCUCAUGGUAUUGAAUUUGCAGUUGAGUUCAAGCCAGUUAAACACCCCUCUGAGCCUCUUGAGAUUGAUCGACCAAUUCAAUGUCCCUUUCCAGAACCUUCAGUACUAAAUGAGGGAAGAAUAUGGAAGGAGAGAGGGUCUUCUGUGCGAAUUAGAAGGCCUGAAGGAAGAGCUACCGACUCUAUGGCAACUCGAACAAUACCCAUGAAUCGGGUUAUUCUUCCAUCAAUGAGUGCACCUGAACAUAGUCUGCUUAAAUUGUUGGAGGAAUCUGGGAUUUGUUGAUGGAUUGCUCAACUUUGUCAAGGUACUAUUGCUAUGCCAAAGAAGCAUGAUGGUAUUGUGUGUGUAAAAAUUCAAACACAGUUGCAUGUAAAUUUCUAUAAUAAUGUUAAAAAGAUUUUCUUUGUACCGUAGACAAUACUAUGUUUUAUGUUAGUGUUGUAUCUUUUACAUUAUUAUCGAUUGAUUCUAUGAUACAACUCAAAAAAUGUAUGGUCCAAAUACUUGAACCCAA